AUGGGACAAUUAACCGAUCAAUAUAUUCGAACAAAAUCGAAACCAUUCAUUGUUGAAAUUGAUAGUAACGGGAAAAGUGAAUUAGAUGAACAAGACAAAUUGGAAACGAUAAAGGAUAAAAAUCAAUUUGAAAAUGAAAAUGAUAUUGAAACAAAAUUACAAAGAGGACAAAUACCGGAAUACAAAAUUACUCGAGAACCACUUGAAGGUGAACCAGAAUAUUUAGUAAUGGAAGUUCAAUUACCAAAAGUAAAAUCAUCGAAAACUAUCUCAUUAGAUAUUGGUGAAGAUCGAAUACUAUUACAAACAAGAUCUAAUGUUUAUUUUUUGGAUAUUUAUUUAUCGUUUAAUAUGAAUUCGGAUGAUUGUGGUGCACAAUUUGAUAAAGCUACGCAGAUUCUCACAAUUACUAUACCAUUGGAAACUUCUAAAUGA